AGUGUAACUGCCACAACAAGGCGGAGACCUGCUUCCACAACCAGACGGUGUCUGAUCUGAGGCUGAGUGUCAACGCCAAGGGGGACCACCAGGGCGGCGGUGUCUGUGUCGGCUGCUCCCAGAACACAGCGGGGGUCAACUGUGAGACCUGCGCCCGCACCUUCUACAGACCGGCCCAGGUGUCCCCCUACGCUGACUCUCCGUGUGUAGAGUGUGACUGUGACCUCAGAGGGUCGAGGUCGGCCACGUGCUCCCCCGACGACGCCCACACAGGCGUGACUGCGGGUCAGUGUGAGUGUAGGCGUGGCUUCACGGGGCGGCGGUGCGACCGCUGUGCGUUCGGCUUCAGAGACUUCCCCUCCUGCUCCGCCUGUGAGUGUCAGCUCGCCGGCAGCACCAACACCGACCCCUGCUCCCCCUGCGCCUGCAAGGUUAACGUGAUGGGGGUGAACUGUGACCUGUGUAGGUCAGGGUACUACAACCUGCAGGCGACGGACCCCGAGGGCUGCAGCCACUGCUUCUGCUUCGGGGUCUCAGACGUGUGUGAGAGCUCUUCAUGGUCCAUGUCCCAGACGGUGCACACCAACGGGAGGCUCCUCCCCUCAACCGCCAUCCGUGAGCUCCAUGACAACGACCUCCUCCCAGGAAACCGCUCCUUCGUCCCCGCCCACCAACACACCAUGUCCUGGUCCGCGCCUGAGGGGUUCCUCGGCAACAAGCUGGCGUCAUACGGAGGCCUUCUCAACCUGUCGCUGUUUUACGACGUCCCAUUGGACAAUUACGACCGCACUGUCCCCGCCCACUGUGACAUCAUCAUAGAGGGUAACGGUAAAAGCCUUCGUCAGUCGUUGCCUCGCCUCCUCUUCCUCACGCCGCUGGCCAACCAGUCGGUCUCCAUGGCGAUGACCCCCCAGAGCUUCGUGGACGAGCGCGGCAUCGGGCGCGUGACCCGAGACGACCUCCUGACCGUCCUGGCCGGGGUCACGACCCUCAGGGUCAACGUCCGGCUCAACGCCUCCGCCAGCGGGCCGCUGGGUGUUGGACGUAUGUCUCUGGACAUCGCUGAUCCCAACUCAGCCAAUCGUCUCCAGGCAGUUGCCGUGGAGACCUGCGAGUGUCCCUGGGGCUACGCAGGCACUUCCUGUGAGUCGUGCGCUGCAGGGUUCUACCGGCUGGGGGGGGUGAUGUUCGGUGGGUUGUGUCUGCAGUGUGAGUGCAACGACCACGCCGCCGAGUGUGACAUCAACGGGGUCUGCCUGGGCUGUUCCCACAACACGACGGGACCUCUAUGCGACAGCUGUCGACCUGGUUACUAUGGUGACCCCACGCUGGGCACCUCGGAGGACUGCCAGCUCUGCGCCUGUCCCCUACCCCCCCCUAACAGUUUCAGUCCCACCUGUGUCCUGGAGGAUUCUGGGAGUGUGUCAUGUGACCGGUGUGAGGAGGGAUACGCUGGCAGCCGUUGUGAGAAGUGUGCGAAUGGUUUCUACGGCAACCCUCUGGUAGCGGGAGGAGUGUGCAAGCGGUGUGAUUGCCACGGCAACGUGAACGUGAGUGAGGCGGGCCACUGCGACGCGACCAGCGGGGAGUGCCUCCGCUGUCUCCGUCACACCGGUGGUGCUCACUGUGACACCUGUCUACCCGGUUACCAUGGAGACGCUGUCCACGCCAAGAACUGCCGAGAGUGCGGCUGUGACCGCAGCGGGGCCGUCACCGGGGUGUGUGACGUCACCACCGCACAGUGCGACUGCAGACCCAACGUCACCGGGCUGACCUGUGACCGCUGUCAGGUCGGAUUCUACGGGAUACAAAGUGGGCGUGGCUGCAGUCCUUGCCUCUGCAGCCAAUCGGGAUCCGUCUCGGAGUCAUGUGACGAGCAGGGUCGCUGCCUGUGUUUGGAGGGAAUGGGCGGAGAGAAGUGUGACCGCUGUCGCCAUGGAUACUACAACCACACAGACAGCGGAUGUACAGCGUGUGACUGUGCCCGUACCCAUGGCAACUGUCACCCGGCCACCGGAGUGUGCAUCUGUCCCCCCCACACAGAGGGGGAGGAGUGUGAGAGGUGUGAGACAGGAUACUGGGGUCACGACCCCGUCAGAGGAUGUCAGGCAUGUGACUGCACUGCCAAAGGAUGCUCCGCCCUCCAGUGUGACCUGACCAAUGGCAGGUGUCCGUGCCAAAUGGGCUUCUCGGGGAGGUCAUGUGACGAGUGCUCUCCGGGACACCAUGGUUACCCAGAAUGCCAAGCGUGCGGCUGCGAUGUGGCCGGUACCAGGGAGGACCUCUGCAACCAAACAUUGGGAGUGUGUGACUGCAGAGACACAGGGACAUGUGUGUGUAAGGCCAGUGUGGGCGGGCGGGGCUGUAACGAGUGUGUGUCGGGGACCUUCGGUCUGAUGUCUGAGAACCCGGCCGGCUGCUCCCCGUGUUUCUGCUCCGGAGUCUCCAGCGUCUGUGAGGAGAGAGGAGGACUGCUGCGUGUACCGGUGAGCCUGGGUGCCUCCCCAGCUCUCCUCCCUGUAGUGACUCAGUUCAGCCUGCAGGGGGAGCUGACCGGGGUCUACCACCAGGGCGGCGACAUGCUGCUGGACAUGCGCGAGUACAGCGCCGACAAGCUAGCCGGCCCGUUGUACUGGCGGCUGCCCCGGCAGUUUGAAGGAAACAAGCUCUUGUCCUACGGUGGACUGCUAUCCUAUGAAGUCGUCUUCUAUGCGGACAAUGGCGUUGGAUUAGCCAAUCAGGAGCCUCAGAUCCUCAUGAGGGGCGGGGCAUUGAAGAAGCUGGUGAUAUACAGGGAUAUGGUUGCCCCUAGCAACGGCAUCAGGACCAGGCACGACAUCCCAAUGACAGAGUUCUCCUGGAGGUACUUCAACGCGGUCUCCAACAAGGCCGUGAGCCACGCUGACUUCCUGUCGGUCCUGAGCGAGGUCCAGUACCUCCUGAUCAAGGCCUCGUACGGGAAGGACCUCGUACAGAGCAGAAUCGCCAACAUCACCAUGGAAACGGCCCUGGAGGAGGAGUUGUCGGGGGUGACGGGGGGCGUGGCCAGAUACAUCGAGUCAUGUGACUGCCCACCUGGAUACGCUGGGCUCUCCUGUCAGGAGUGUUCCCCGGGGUUCUACCGCCAGCCCCUCCCCUCUCUGAGCCCCCACCAGAGGAAGACCCUGCUGGCCGCCCCCUGCCUGGCCUGCUCCUGCAGCCAGCACUCACACAGCUGUGACCCCGACACAGGGGACUGCCUGAACUGCCAGCAUCACACUACAGGGACGAGUUGUGACCAAUGUGCUGCUGGAUAUUAUGGGGUAGUGACGGGAGCCAUCACCGACUGUUCUCCAUGUGCCUGCCCCCUGAAGGACAACAGUUUCAGCCCUACCUGUGUUUCUGAGGAGAUGGGAGAUUUCCGUUGCACUGCCUGUGAACAAGGAUACCAGGGGAGAUACUGUGAGAGGUGUUCGGUGGGUUACCACGGUAACCCCUGGUCGGCGGGGGGCCGCUGCGAGGCGUGCGGCUGCAGCGAGUGGGGGUCUCUGCACGCCGUGUGCGACGACGUCACCGGCCGGUGCAGCUGCAGGCCGGGGGUCAGAGGCCGUCUUUGUGACCAGUGUGCAGACAGACACGUCCUCGAGGAGCAGCAGUGUGUGUCCUGUGAUGACGACUGCACCGGGGUCCUCCUGGACGACCUGGAAGCGCUUCACGUCCACUUCCUGUCUGUGAACCUGACCGGAGUCAGCCUGGCACCGUUCAGCCAGCUGAGGGCGCUAGAGAACAGGACCUCACAGGUGGUGGGUGCUUCUCUGCCCUCCCAUCUCUCCAGUGUGGACGACCAGCUACAUCUGCUGACCUCUGACCUCUCUGCUCUGCUGAAGCAGGCCACCCGUCUGUCUGAUGACUUGGAGGAACUAGGCGUGUCCACCACUCACAAGGUUUCCCAGGGUGCAACACUCCUGGAGACCAUAAUCACACUCCAAGCCGACAUCCUGGACCUAAAGCAGGAGGCGGGAGAUCUCAACCAGACGGAGGAGGCGGGGCUACAGCUGGCCAAUCACACGGGGCUGCUGGAGGAGAUGGAGUCGAUGUUGGACUCCAUCGGGGCGGUCCAGUUGACCAAUGGCACGGCCGCGCACCAACACAGGCUGGCCUCCUCUCUGCUCCAGACAGUGCAGGCGGACUUCCACACCAGCAGGGCGGCGCUAGAGGGCAGAGUCAAUCAGCUGGACUCCUCUCUGUCUGGACACACACACAGCCUGCAGCACGCACACACCCUGCUUAAACAUGCUGUCCAGCAUAACAACCACACACACACCAUCCUGGACAAAGUACUCACACAGCACGCACAACACCAGUCUGUCCAUCAGGACCUCAGGUCUUCUGAGGACUCGGUCUCAGUCCUGUUGGAGGAGAGCCAAGACCUGCUGUCCCUCACCCUCUCUUUGAGGGAGGAGCUAAACAAUGCUACUGAAGUACUAGAGGAGUUCAGCGGUGAGUCUGGGCAGUGGCGCCCCCUGCUGGUGCAGCAGGUGGACCGCGUGGUCGCUGGGCUGAGGGCCACCGACUCCCUGGAGCUGGUCUACAACGCAGAGGGACACGCACAGAGACUGCUCGCAGAAGCACAGACGCUCCACAGCUCUCUCUCUCGUAGCUCUCUGGCGGCGGUCUAUAAUAUUUCCCAGAAUGCCACUGGUGCGUUUGGAGCCAACAGGACGAUGACAUCAUUCCUUAUGGCCGCACUGGAAACAGCAGACUACGCCUUUAACCUGACGAUCAUACCAGAGUCGCUGUCCGAGCAGAGAGGGGACGUCCUCAACAGCAGCUGUGCAGUCCUGGAACAGAGCCAGAUGUUGAACACCUCCACAGAGGGCUUAUCUCUCAACAUGACUCUGACGACGGCUCGUCUGGGAUUGGUCAGUGACGGUGUCCGUCAGAUCUCCCUCCUGCUGCCUCAACCAAUCAGCACGCUGGACAGUCUGAACCGUUCGGAGGCGGGUGAGGCGAAGCGUCUGGUCUCAGCCGCCCAGUCCGACCUGCAGGAAGCUGUGAGGAGGCUGGAGGAAAUGACAUCACAGCUGGAGAACGCCAGCUCCGUGGUGGAGCGAGCCAAUCACACGACACGCCGCACCCAGCACCUGAUCAGCCAGUCAGACGGCACUGCCAAUGAGGUGCAGCUUAAGAUGGAGGAGGCGGAGCUUCGUACGGACCGCCUCCUGAACAGGAUGAAACCGCUGAGCAUGCUGGGAGAAUCCAUGGGGAGGAACCUGACCGACAUCAGAGAGCUGAUCAAACAGGCCCGCAGACAGGCUGCCUCGAUCCGCGUGGCGGUGGAGGCGGACGCAGACUGCGUGCGGUCCUACCGGCCGGACGUCCGCUCCAGUAACUUCAACACGCUGAGCCUCACCUUCAGGACCACCUCACCGGACAACCUGCUGUUCUACCUGGGGAGCAGCACUGUGGUGGACUUCCUGGCCGUAGAGAUGCAUGCUGGGAAGGUUUCUCUGGUGUGGAACGCCGGGUCCGGGGUGGGCCGCCUGGAACACCCCCACCUCCUGAUCACCAACAACAAGUGGACCCGGGUCAACGCCACACGGUUCGGGCUCCACGGAUCCCUGUCAGUCCAGCAGCUGGAGUCAGGCUCCGCCCCGUUGCCCCCGGCAACCGCCCAGUCCCCAGGAUUGGCUCAGAUCCUAGAUGUGGACAACAACACUGUGAUCCAUAUAGGAGGGAUGGGCCAGCACACCCAGGUGCCCUCUGCGCUGCGGGCCUCCACCUUCCGGGGCUGCAUGGGCGACGCCUCUCUGAACGAGAAGAACAUCGGCCUGUGGAACUACGUCAGGAGAGAGGGGCGGUGCAGGGGCUGCUUCACCAGUCCCCAGUCGGAGGAGACCUCCUUCCUGUUCGACGGCAGUGGGUUCUCCGUGGUGCAGAAGGCCCUCAGGUCCAUCUCCACCUCCAUCGUGCUGCUCUUCAAGAGCCUCUCCCCCAACGGCCUGCUGCUCUACCUCGCCUCCAACGCCACCCGUGACUUCCUGUCCAUGGAACUGGUGGAGGGACGUUUCCGUUUGACCUUUGACCUGGGUUCGGGCGCCCUGGCGAUGACCUCCACCAAGACAUACAACUCUGGAGUCUGGACCAAGAUCACCCUGCAGAGAAACAGACGCAAGGGCUACCUGUCCAUCAUGACUGCUGACCAAUCAUCAGAGAAGGAGGUGUUGGAGGCGGAGUCGCGCGGGACGGCCUCCGAUCUGAACCGCGCCGACCUCGACCCCAUUUACAUAGGAGGACUUCCUGCCUCUCGACCAAUCAGACGCCAAGUGGUAUCCAGGUCUUUCGUCGGGUGCAUAAAGAACGUGGAGAUCGCUCGCUCGAACUUUGACCUCCUGCAGGACGCCUACGGGGUGAAGAAGGGCUGCGUGCUCGAGGCGGUGAGGAGUGUGUCGAUGUUAAAGGAGGGGUAUGUGCAGCUGGCUGCUCCCUCUCUCGGCCACGCGGGGGAGCUGUUCCUCACCUUCUCCACCAGGAACUCCUCUGGGCUGCUAUUGGUUGCCUUCAACAACACACCAAAAGCAAAGUUCCUCCUGGUGGUCCAACUGGUUCCGGGCGGUGUGGGGGUGGAGCUAAGCUUUGGGGGCGGAGCUAGCCAACGGGUGGUGGUGAAACCCCGGAGCGGAGUGUUCACAGACGGCCGGGACCACUCCCUCAUCAUCUCUAGGACCAGGAAAAUGCUGACGGUGCGGGUUGAUGAGGACCAUGUGGAGUCAACUCCCCUGUCAUCGGGUGGAUCCUCCUCUCUGCCGCCCUCCUCUAUCUUCAUUGGUGGGCUUCCCUUAGGACAGGAGAGCCGUCUGCCAAUCAGAUCACAGAAUGCUUCCAGAUCCUUCCGCGGCUGCAUCCAGAAUCUAAUAGUCAACGACAAGUUGGUGGACCUAUCGGAUGCUAUGAGGUAUGACGGGGUGCAGCUAGACAGCUGUCUAUUGGAGGAAAGGACCAGGGGGGCGGUGCUUCCAGACGACCAGGAAUUAGAGCCCACGCCAAACCCCUCCCACUCAGCCGUGACUCCUCCCACUCAGCUCAACACUCUCGCGCCACAAUCACUCACGUGUGUCUCGGGGGAGGAGCCAACCUUCCUCUCGUCAGCCCAUCAGUUUGGUUUUUCCAAACACAGUCACAUGACCUUCAAUAUAAACCCCAGCACUGUCCGCAAGAGCUUUGUGCUGAAGCUGUCAGUGCGUACCCACGCUGACAGUGGACUGGUCUACCUGCUGACCAACUCCAACCACAUGGACUACGCCACUCUGCAGCUUAGGGGGGGGCGGCUGACCUUCACACUGGACCAGGGCCGAGGCCGCGCCUCCGCUAGCUCCGCCCACCCGGUCAACGACGGACAGUGGCACACGGUGCGGACAGAGUUUGCCAAGCGCUGGGUCUCCAUGGCGAUAGACGGCGUGUCAUCAGACCCUGUGUCUGUGAGGGGCAACCAGCUGGACGUGGACAAGACCUUUUACCUGGGAGGGCUGGCUCACACACACACCUGGAAGACCUCCAACGUGACCCACAGCCUCCCAGGGUGUGUCCAGGCCGUCAGUCUUAACGGGGUCCGCUUGGAGACGCCCGCCUCCCAGCACAAUACUACUUCCUGUUUCACACACUCACAGACAGGAAGUUACUUCAACGGCACAGGAUACGCUGCUCUCGUGCCUGAGGGAUAUAAGGUCGGCUCCGACAUGUCGGUGUCUCUGGAGUUCCGGACCGGCCAAUCAGAAGCUGUGUUGCUGGGCAUCAGCAGCUCCAAGGUGGACGCGAUUGGUCUGGAGAUCAUCAACAGAAAGGUGGUGUUCCAUGUGAACAACGGGGCAGGCCGUGUGUCCGUGGAGUCGGUCUCUGGGGUGUGUGACGGCCUCUGGCACCACCUGGUGGCCAAGAAGAGUAAGAACAGCCUGCUGCUCAUUGUGGAUGGAAAAACCUCCAGCACCCAAAACCCCUACCCACAAUCCACCUCUGCUGAGACCAACAACCCCGUGUAUCUGGGAGGAUAUCCAAGUGCGGUGAAACAGAACAGCCUGUCAUCAAGAACCUCGCUAAGAGGCUGCAUGAAGGAGGUGAGGCUCGUUAAGGGCCAUGUGACCAAGGUUCUGGACCUGAGCUCCGCCUCUUUCCUGUCCGGGGUCACGCCCAACUCCUGCCCUGCUGCCCAGCCACACGCUGCCUGAUUCCUAUUGGUCGACACACGUGUGCACACACACACACACACACACACACACACACACACACACACACACACACACACACACACACACACACACACACACAGAGUCCUCUUAGUCCACACUUAUGGCUUUAUUAGUGUUGUUAGCUACUGGCUAUAUGCUAUAUUAGCUUUUGCUUCGAUUAGCUUCAGCUGAAUGUUUUUGUUGAAACGUGUAUUUUAGCUAUUUUUAAUGACUCAAGAGAAUUAACAAUGUUUGACGAGGAUUAAACCAUUUGAUAAAGGUUUCUCACAUCGAUUCUAUUUUCCUUGCAUAUGAUGAAAAUGUGUCUGUAAACUAAUCGAAUACAGCGUUGUUCCUAAUAAAUACAUUUCAUUUCUUA